CCAAAACCAAGCCAAGUCGACAAGGAUGUGCUUCAAGGUCAACUGCGCAGUGUGCCAGAAGGCGACGUGGCAAGGCUGUGGCCAGCAUAUUGACAGCGCCCUCGCUGGCGUCGCGGACGCGGACCGCUGCCCUGGUUGGCGCACGGGCAAGCACGAAGAUGCUACGGCGGCCGCUGCGCCACCGCAAAAGCAAUAGGCGCGAGGGCCGCAUUAUGACCUGCUCGUUCAACACGACAUGUACUA